AUGAGCUCAAUCCGCGGACAGGGUAGAAGGCUUAAACAACUUCGGCGGUUACUGGGGAAUACCAGCUCAACAGGUAGGACGAUAGGUCCUACGGGGACUUUAUUCAGUGAUACGGCUGCGAUUGUGUCGUCUCAAAAUGACGAUACCCGUAUCACCAGCCACUCUCAGGGUGAUCCAGACGACAAAGGUUCUACUUCUCUCUCCGACUUCUCUCUAUUGAGGAGACCAAACCGAACCACCACAGAUAACUCCGAUAUCACUGCGAUUCCCUCAUCUUAUCCUCCAAAUACAUAUCCCGAUCAUACCAAUACCCACACCACUUCCAGAUACGUCGACCACUCAUUCAGUCCAUCGUCUCAUCCUGAACACACUGAGCCCACAUAUUUCACCAACCCGACGGAUCGAAUGGUUCUUUCUGCCAGCUCACAACUUACCUCCUGGUUGCGCGAUGAGUACUUCACAAGUCGUGAUCGUUCACAACUCUCUACAACGGAGAGAAAGGAAUUGGUUGCCCUCGAAAACCUAAUGGGUUCCAAAGCACCUAUCAGUUUGAUGAUAAAUGCCAAACGGGACGCAUGGAGUAUCAUAGGUUUAUUGAUCAGGACAGAUCCUACCGUACCACAAGAAUGGCGAUCUUGGUUUAGUCAUUUGCCGACGAACCGCUCUGCUUUUGUCAAUCCGGAACUGGUGAAAUAUGCUUUCGAGGUCAUUCACAGGAAUUGGCUCAGUUUCUGGAAAGAUGUAUCACUACAAAGAUCGGACGCUAGUCCGGAAACCGGAUAUUCAAAUGACGUUGACAUGGCAGGAGUUAUCGAGGAUGGGGAUGAAACGAGAAGAUCUUCUAAACUGGACGAGUUUUGGGAUUUCCGUGAAUGGGAAAGAACGGGGUAUGCUGCCAAUUAUGUCGAUCGCUGGGAACCGCAUUUUUGA